AUGGAAGAUGCCGUUGACGUGCAAGACAACUUCUUCGCAGUUUACGACGGCCACGGCGGAGCUGAAGCCGUCGUGACCUAUGUGAAAGAAGCAUUCCCAAAGCUAUUGGGAAAGGAAAAGGGGCCAGAUAUGGGCCUCAGAAUGAAAGAAGCCUUUCAAAAGGCUGAUGCAGCGUUGUUGGGCCACCUGCAGCAAGAUGAAGCAGACGUCCCGGACUAUCCCCUAUCCUCGGGCGUAUGUGCCUGCAUCGCUGUGCGAGAUGAACACGAGCUCGCUGUGGCCAACCUCGGAGACUGCCGAGCCUUGGCCUACAAAGGAGGAUCCUUGACCGUCACCAUCUUCUCGGUAGAUGCCGACACGGAGUUCAUCUUCGAGAGCAUGACAAACUUGGACGCUGUCCAGUCGAUCAGACGACAGUUGCGGAGAAACCUUGGUUUUUGCAGAGCACGAACACGAUCCCCGCAAGCUGCGGCUGAAUCGCUCGUGAACCAAGCCCAGAAGUUGAAAAGCACAGACAAUCUGAGUGCACUGGUAGUUGUCUUCCGGAUGCCGCCAGCAGAGGCAUCAAACUCAUCGCUCGGACGGAAGGUCCUUUUGAAAGGACUGGACGCCUAUGCGAAGUGCAAACAGAUCGCACAGGAAUGGGCGACUCGACCAGCAACAGCAAUGCCUGGCGGUUGCAGAGAUUUCGUUGAGAAUCUCGGACGUUUGACCUUUCAAUCGCUUGUUCGAAGUUUGAAAAUGAGUCACUCGACUGCUUGGGCUCUAAUGGCCAAUUUGUCGUGUGAGGGAAGCUUGGACGGGUGA